GUUUCUCAUUAUGAAUCAUGUUCUUAUAAAAGCAACGGAGAGAGUUUAUUUCUGUAGUCGCCAAUUUCGGUUAGAAUGAAAUCUAUUUUCUGAUGCAUCAAGCUCAGGAUGCAGAGAAAGAUAGAAAGGGAAAGAGUGAAAGAAAAGUUUCCUCUUAUAUUUGUAAUAAUUGGCAACCCUGGCAUACACUUCAUUUGCACAUAUUAACUCGUAGAAAGAGAGACCGGGAUACAAAAUCACGGUUUGGAAAUAUUCUUAUUUCAGUCGCGCUCGUUUCGACGUCAAGGGUGGGGAAUCUAUUUAUAAAUUGGGGGAUGUUCCAUGCGUCGCCCACGCCCGCAGUGCCCACUAGGUGCAGAUAUGUCUUUUCGUGUUGUACGUAGCAGCAAGUUCCGCCACGUGUACGGAACGUCUUUAAAACGGGAACAAUGCUAUGACAAUAUUAGAGUUUCGAAAUCCUCAUGGGAUUCUACAUUUUGCGCCGUAAAUCCGAAAUUUUUGGCUAUCAUCGUUGAGUCCGCGGGCGGUGGUGCUUUCAUAGUUUUACCCCAUAAUAAGGUAGGAAGAAUAUCAGCAGACUAUCCUUUAGUGGGUGGACACAAAGGUCCUGUAUUAGAUAUCGCAUGGUGCCCUCAUAAUGAUAAUGUCAUAGCUUCGGGAUCUGAAGAUUGCGUUGUUAAAAUAUGGCAAAUACCGGACGGAGGUAUUUCCAGGACAUUGACAGAGUCUGUGGUAGACUUACAAUUGCAUCAACGAAGGGUCGGUCUUGUGCUAUGGCAUCCUACAGCGUUAAAUGUAUUACUCACUGCUGGAUCAGACAAUCUUGUUUUAAUUUGGAAUGUUGGAACCGGUGAAUGUUUAGUAAGAAUAGACUCUCAUCCUGAUGUUAUUUAUUCUGCCUGUUGGAACUGGGAUGGAUCCCGAUUGGUAACUACAUGUAAGGACAAAAGGAUUCGUAUCUUAGAUCCAAGAACAGGAAAAGUUUUAGAGGAUGCUAUUGCCCAUGAAGGAAGCAAAGCAACACGUGCAAUAUUUUUAAGGGGAGGUUUGGUUUUCACAACUGGGUUCAGUAAAAUGUCUGAAAGGCAGUAUUCGUUACGAGCCCCAGAUAUGUUAGGUGAACCUAUAGUUAUGGUAGAAUUAGAUACCAGCAACGGAGUUAUGUUUCCUUUGUAUGAUCCUGAUACAAAUUUGGUAUAUCUGUGUGGCAAGGGUGAUUCUGUUAUUCGAUACUUUGAGAUUACACCCGAACCUCCGUUUGUUCAUUAUAUCAAUACUUUUCAAACUCCUGACCCUCAACGAGGCAUAGGAAUGAUGCCAAAACGAGGUUGUGAUGUUAAUAGCUGUGAAAUCAGCAGAUUUUAUCGACUAAAUAAUUCAGGCUUUUGUCAAGUCAUUUCGAUGACUGUUCCUAGAAAGUCUGAGCUUUUUCAAGAAGAUUUAUAUCCUGAUACUCCUGGAGAUACAGCUGCAAUAACUGCAGAAGAAUGGGAGAGCGGUGCUGAUGCAGAUCCCAUACUGAUAUCUCUUAGAGAUGGUUAUCAGCCAUCGUCAUCUAAAAAUGAACUUAAAGUACAUAAGAAAACGAAUAUAUUAGAUAAAGGAGCCAAAGUUGGAUCCAAUCCUGCACAAAAUACUGCACAAGUCUCACCUGGCAUUCUUGAAGAAAUGUUAAAAGAAUUCACAGAGGAAAUCAGAAAAUUAAAAGCUGUGAUUGUAAAACAUGAAGGAAGGAUACGAGUAUUGGAAUCAGCCGUGGCUCUUCAAAUGAAGGAAGAAGAGAGAAAUGAAAAAACAUCUUCUCCAGCUGACAGAGAGUUGCUAGCUUCUGACGAAGUGUAAUUUCAAAGUCAUAUUUUUAGCUGACAAAAAAAAAGAUAAUAAUAAUAAUAAUAAUAAUAAUACAAAAGAAAUUAAUCGUGUAACAAAGUAAUUAUAUAUUUUGAUAUAACAAUUUGUGUAAAUAGUAGGUUUCAACGAUGUGAGGCGUGUUUUGAUUCUUGCAAAGAUCUUUGCUAUUUAUUGUACAUCAUUCAUCAUACAUCUACAUUUGUAUUAUCUUUACAUCUCUUUAUUGUGUUACAAAGUUAACUAAUAUGGUGUUAGCUGUUGUUAGUAUUAAGACAUCCCAUGAUUGUAUCAUGAUAUAUACUAUAGUAUUUCACUAUGUAUAUGAAACUUUAUAACAAUAAUUGUU